CCCUCUGGCAAGACGGCACUGAUGGAGACUUACCAGAAUCUGACCCGGGUGGUGGACUACUGUGAAAACAACUACAUACAGGCUGCAGACAAGAGCAAAGCUUUAGAAGAGUCCAAAGCCUACACAACCCAAUCCAUAGCUAGACUUGCUUCUCAAAUAAAUGCACUGGCCAACAAUGUACUCCAGUUGCUGGAUAUCCAAACCUCUCAGCUUCGGAGAAUGGAGCCUUCCACCAAUCAUAUGUCACAGACCGUGGACAUUCAAAAAGAGAAAGUGUCUUGAAGAGACAUUGGCAUUUUGACAACAAAUAAGAAUACACCAAGAACUCACAAAAUAAUAGCACCUGCACAUAUGGAGCGCUCUGUAAGCUGUAUUCAGAAACCUAUUGACUAUACAGUUCUGGAUGUUGUGGGCCAUGGUGUCAAGCAUGGAAAUACCCAGCCUGCAAGAACUGGCACACUGUCCAGAACAAAUCUUCCUACUCAGAAACCUCCAAGCCCUCCCAUGUCAGGCCGGGGAACACUGGGACAAAAUACUCCUUACAAAACCCUGGAACCUGUUAAACCCCCAGCAGUUCCUAAUGACUACGUGACAAGUCCUGCUAGGCUCAGAAGUCAGCAUAGUCCAGGCAGGACGGCUUCUUUACACCAGACACUGAGGACACACAGUAGAAGUAGUGGGGGGAGUAGAAGUCGAGAAAACAGUGGAAGCAGCACUAUUGGCAUCCCCAUUGCCAUGCAUGCUUCACCACCCACUAUUGGACCAGCAGCCCCAGGCUCAGGUCCCAGUUCCCAGUAUGGCACAAUGACCAGGCAGAUUUCUCAACACAACUCGACCACUUCCUCGAUGUCUUCUUGUGGAUACAGACGAACUCCCUCUUCUCAAUUUUCUGCUCAGCCUCAUGUUAACGGAGGUCCGCUUUAUUCUCAGAAUUCAAUUUCUGUUGCUCUCACCCCUCCCCCUAUGCCUCAGUUGACUCCACAGAUAACCUCUCACAGGUUUUGUGGCCAGGAUGUAGAAAGCAUUGCUGAUAGUCCAACUCCACCACCACCACCUCUCUCAGAUGACAUUCCCAUGUUUGAUGAGUCUCCGCCUCCGGCACCACCCCCAGUGGAUUAUGAGGAUGAAGAGUCUGCAGUAGUUCAGUAUAAUGAUCCACAUGCAUAUGGGGAUCCUGCUUGGGCCUCCAAGAAUUAUAUGGAGAAAGUUGUGGCACUAUAUGAUUAUAUGAAAGACAAGGACGAUGAGCUAUCAUUUAUGGAGGGUGCAAUCAUUUAUGUGAUAAAGAAGAAUGACGAUGGCUGGUAUGAAGGAGUCUGCAAUCAAGUGGUCUGUUCCCUGGGAACUGUGUUGAAUCAAUCAUGCGCUAUGCUGAUUACAUUUUUGCUUUUAAAGCAGGUUCUUCUAAUUAGUCAUACUGUGGGAUUAUUAUGGUUAACAGAAUUGUCUUAA